AUAAUUAAAUAGUACAAAAAAAAUUAACUAAAAUUAAAUUCUUUAAAAAACAAUCAAUAUAUAUAAUUCACUCAGCAAACUAUUAUCUAAACAAUAGAUAAACAAAUAAAUAAGUCUGCUUGCUUAUCAUAAUCCUACUACACAAUUAUAAGGGUAAAAAAAUCCAAACCUAUAAUCAAAGACAACUCAUAGUUCAAUACUGUAUCACCUUGUUUAAUUAACUUCUAAACGAAAAUGCUAAGCUAAUAAAUAUAAGUUUUUGCUAUGAUCUAAUAGCAUGAAGAGUAAUGGGAAUAAUACUUGCCUUACAAGCAACAAGAAAUUCCCUAGAGUAUGAGCUGUGAUGAGCUUGAAACUAUUCAAGAAGAAGAUGAUGAUUUCUAAUAUUGCAGUCCUGUUGAAAAGCUCUCUCAAUCUGGCUUAAUGUACAAUAAGCGUGUUUUGGCUCUUGACUAAGAAUAUUUAUGCUAUUAUUAAUAAGUAUAAAUAUACUCAAAUAAAAAAGUUAAUACUCUCAAACACAAACCUAAAGCCCGUAUUUUAAUAAAAGAUAUUGCUGAUGUUAUCCUCACAAAUGAAAAACCUAACGUGAUCCGCGUUUUUGGUGAAGGACCCAUAGUCCGUAGAGAAAAGAAAGUAUCAAAAAAUGAAAAAUUUUCAUUCACUUUCCGUUUCGCUUCUCCUUAGUUGGCCUAGCUCUGGAAAAAUAUUAUCAUAGCUGCCAGAGAAGCAAAUAAAUCAAAAUCCUACUUGGUUACUUUUGAUAACUUAAUGAAAUAUUCAAGAUCCGACUCUUCUUGA